AUGCCUCCGAACAACUCUAUACCCUCCGUCUCAGGCGAUCAAAAACCCAAUCCCACAAAAAAAACCCUUUCGCACAAUGAGAAAGUCACGGCGACAUCAUACCCUGAUGCGCGUCAGACAAAUGUACGGCAUCAAGCCGGCAUUGCAGCAAGACGUUCCGCGGAAACCCUGCAACGCCGACGCGCCGUUACAAGCACAUCAGCAUCCAGCUCAGCACGACCCCACUUAGAAAUCAGUCUAGGGCCAGUCCAGGCACCUUUAAACCAACAUUCUCACGAAGCUCCGCCCAAAAUUCUUACAAGUCCUGCAAGCCCUCCCACUGCCCCCAUUGUGAUCCCCCAGCGCAAGGAUACAUUGGGCAGGCCUGUGACGCCACUGAGUGGUCGACCACGAGAAUUCAAAGCGACUGAUUCAGCUGCUUUCCUGGCUCACAAAGUCAAAUAUUCCUCAUCCUCUAGCAGUCAGGAUUCGAGUGAAAAAUCGACGUCACCAGCGAAGCCCCAUAGCUUCGAGAUUUCUACAAUGGAUCCUCGCUCUCGUCCCAAUGCUGUCCGCUCGUCAAUUGAUCGCCACGCGUCACCGUUGUCCCCUACAAGACCAAUUCCUAGGACUCCCACCAAGCGACAGCAAGAGCCCGGUGCUCCGCAUCAACAUCUUAAUCUAGCUGGCCUGCCCGAGUUUCACCCUGCCAAUUUCCCACUUACCGGGCAUAAUGCUCCAGUCCCACCUCGCACUGCUCGGAACAUUACUUCAGCGUCGCGGAGUACCCGUCCUGUGAGUACUGGCUCGGAUGCACAGCAGAAACUCCAACAAUAUCAGCGCAGCGUCGUGGCAAGUUUCUCACGAGCUGUCAACUCGCCGAAGUCACCCCGCCUCGUGCCUCAAGAAAGUCCCAGUGAAGCCAUGACGCCACUGCAGCUAGAAGCGUCAGGCGAUUACUUGACGGCUGGGUCUCGACCCCCCAGAAUGAAAGGCGGCAGCAUCCGGAGGCAAGGUCGGGAAGCUUGA